UAUAUCACUGGACGCCAAAUCCGAAACAAGAAAACCCGCGUCCCUCCUCUCCUAUUUGUGAUUCGGCAUCUCGUUUCUCAUCGGGUCGGACCCGGAUAAUUCGGAUUCAUUAUUGCUGUCAUGGGAGGUGAGGUCGGGUUCGAGAUCCACCAGAACGCCUACAUAAAGCUGGUCCUCCACGCGCUAAAGCACCGGACCUCCGCCGUCAAUGCCGUCCUCCUCGGCCGCUCCGCGGGGGCCGGCUCUGCCGUUGAGAUCGUCGAGUCCGUACCGCUCUGUCACUCCCAGAUCGGCCUCCUUCCUCCCCUCGAAAUUGCUCUCAUUAUGAUAGAGGAGUACUAUGGAGAGAAAGGCUUGAGCCUCGUGGGCUAUUUUCAUGCUAAUGAGAGGUGUGAUGAUUUUGAGCUAGCGAGUGUGGCUAAGAAUAUUGGGGAUCACAUAACUCGGUAUUUUCCUCAGGCUGCCUUGCUUUUGUUGGAUAAUAAAAAGCUCGAGUCUUUACCCAAGGGGAAAGACAGAAGCCCAGUGAUGCAGCUUUAUAUCAAGGAUGCAUCUAGUAGUUGGAAGCUAGUUGGAUCAGACGGAAGUAACCAGCUUGCUAUCAAGGAGCCUUCAGCAAAUAUAGUGCUUUUGGAUUGCAUCUCAUCUAAGAAGUGGCAGGAGAUCAUUGAUUUCGAUGAUCACCUGGAUGACAUCAGCAAGGACUGGCUGAACUCGGAACUUUUUAAAUGAGCUUUAAAGCUUAUGUGCUAAAUGUAACAAAUGCUGCUUGAUUCUAACACUUUACCCAAUUACUGCUGAAGAUCUUGAAGACUUUUUAAUCAUGUUUUGACAGUCAAAAACUUUGAGACUCACCAUGUCCGAAUACUGUUGGUUCCUCUUCAUUUUUUCAUUUUCUGUUCUCAUUUCGUUAGCUCUGGGAUUCCCUGGGGUGUUCAUCAUAAAUUCAUAUAGAUUGUUGUAGCAAUGAUGUCCAAAAUCAUUGAUUAUAAGGAGGAUUCCAUCCACCGGCAUGGUUGGAUUAAGUGCCUCUGAUGACAGCUUAAUAUCACAAGUUCUGUCGGUGUUUCUGGCGACAGGCUGCUCGACACCACAAGUGAACCAGUAUCGCAAAGCUUGACCUGAAUUUUGUUGCUUGUACAGUGAGAAAUCAGAGUCACAGUUGGGCUUUCAAGCUCCACUUGUGGAUUUGACUAGGGAUAGUGGUUAAAUGUAAUUUACUCUUAUCUGAAAUUUGAAACGUUUAAAGAAAGCCAGGGGCAAAUUUAUUACUGAAA